UCACUUUGCAAAAAACCCAGAUCUAAACGCUGCCCAGCUCGGGCUGCCUCGCUUUAGAAAGCCAGCUGGUCUGGCUUAAAUGUUACUUUUAUUCAAGUUUUGUUUUUGUUUUUUUUAUUAAUCUUGGUUCAUCUUGUUUGAUACAAGGAACUGACUGAACAAACCCACAGCUGGAGCUGCUGGGAAUCCUUCCAGGUGAAGACAGAACAGAAAGCACUGGUGCUUACUCACUGACAGCCCGGGAGGCGCGUGCUCUGCUCCGGGAGGAGAGGAGGCGCUGGACGGACUGAAGUGAACCGCUGGACGGAGACAGACGCUGCUGCGGGAUUUGCCGAGAUCGAAUCAUGCGGGACUGAGCGGGAGGCACCAGCCAGCACUUUUGGACUGAGAGAUUUGAGGAUCUGGAAGUGAAAUAAAGGAGCCAUAAGGACUUUGAAAGAGGAGAAGAAAUAGUCGACAAAGAGAAGAAGCAGGAAGAUCUCAAAGAUGGGGAGAAAAAAGAUUCAGAUUGCCCGAAUAAUGGAUGAAAGGAACAGACAUGUGACGUUCACAAAGCGAAAGUUUGGCCUGAUGAAAAAAGCCUAUGAGUUGAGCGUGCUGUGCGAUUGUGAGAUUGCACUCAUCAUCUUCAACAGCACCAACAAGCUGUUUCAGUACGCCAGCACCGACAUGGACAAGGUUCUGCUCAAAUACACCGAGUACAACGAGCCACACGAGAGUCGGACCAACUCCGACAUCGUGGAUACUCUACGUAAGAAGGGUUUAAACGGCUGCGAAAGCCCUGACAUUGAAGCCGAUGACUCUGCUGGCCAGAGCCCAGAGUUAGAUGACAAGUACUGCAAACUGACUGAGGACAUCGAUCUGAUGAUCAACAGACAGAGACUCUGCCAGGGUCUGCCUCCCUCCAGCUAUGACAUGGGGGUGAGCAUCCCAGGCAGCAACCCCGGCGGGCUGCUGUACACCCACCAGGGCUUAGGGGGUAAUCACAACCUUCUGCCUGUCACUCACUCGUCCUUGCAGAGAAACACCAUGUCCCCUCAAAGGCCUUCCAGCACAGAAAAUGCAGGGCUGCUGGGUUCCGAGCUUCCAAACACUAUUGUCUCCAGUGUAGGAAACGGCAGCUUUGGCUCUCAUUGCGCCUCCCCUGGACUCAUGUCUUCAGCCAGUAUCUCCAAGAACAUGCAGGACAAGAGUCCUCCUCAAAUGAGCAUGAGCCACAAGCCUGACCUGCGGACACUGAUGCCACCCAACAAGUGCUCCAUCAUGCCAACCGUUAACCAGAGAAUAAAUCACUCCCAGGCGGCUCAGACACCUGCAGUGUCCAUCGCUGCGUCUGGCAUUGGUGGUUAUCCAUCCGCCAUUUCCUCUUACAGCACAGAGUUCUCCCUCGGCGGUGACCUGUCCUCUCUUUCUGGGUUUGGAGGUUCUGGUCUGGGAUCAGUGACGAGCUGGCAGCAGCAGCAGCUCCACAGUCUGCAGCACUCUGCACUGGGACACAUGGGAAACUUGUGCCAGAACUCUAACCUGGACCUCCCCUCAGUUCAUCACAACCUUCACAUAAAGUGUGAGCCCGCGUCUCCUCCCAGGGACCGCAGCGUCGGCGCGGUCGGGGCCGGACUAAGAGCAGGCAUGAACCCAGCCGGGUACUCCAUGGGCGGCGGCCGCGGGCCGCACGAAUCUGGCAGCUCCCCUGGCGACAGUGCGUCCAGCUGCGGCAGCUCAUACGAAGGCAGCGAGGAGCGCGAGGAUCACCAUGGCAACGGGGGUUUCCUAAUGCAGCCGCUGCCCAAUCAGGAGGAACGUCACAGCCCAUCAGUAAAACGAAUGAGGCUAUCAGAAGGCUGGGCCUCAUAAUGGGAGCCGCCCUCAGGCACAGGGUGGGGGUGCAGAGAAAGUUACCAUAUAGUGUUAUUAUUAUUAUUAUUAUUAUUAAUAAUAUCAUAUUCUUCUCGUACGGAAUGCAUGUGCUUUAUGUUUAAUGGUGGCGUGUCGUUGAGGCGGCUGGUCUUGCGAUACUGCAGGUCAGGAUCAGUGCACAAAACCUGAAAAAAACUAAAAUUUUGGAGUUUGAUCUGUGUGUCAAAAUAUUUUCAAGAUUAUUUAUAAUCUGCGGGGGAAGAAGUUCAUGCAGCAAAAGUUUACUGCAUCUAUAAUCCAUCCAAGUCACCAAAUAUAUGAUAAAUAUAGUCUGACCAACAUCAACCAUGAAAUAUAUGAAAUAUACCAUUUUAACAGGAAGAAACCUUCAUAAGAACCAGGUUCAGUGUGAGCGGAGAUUUGCUGUGACCGACUGGGGUUCAAGGAGACAGAAGCAGAGAUAUGUCAACUCAUUAAAUAAUACACAGUUUAAUCUUCUCGGCAUCUUUCUCUCUGACCUGUCUGCUAUUUAAACUCUGUGGUAAAGUUGAAAGGGUUUUACCAAAAACUCUUUAAAUCUUUUUAUAAUAAUUAUUUUGAGUAAAAACUUUGUCUUCCCUUUGCUAAAUCGGACCUCAGACUUUUUUACAAAAACUUUUUGACACACAUUUGAAACUUGGGAAAUGUUUCUUUUUUUUCUUAAUGUGUACGCUGAUAGAUGCGUAUUAUGCUUGAGAUGAUAGAAAGCUGGGAGGUCGGACGGUGUAUAUUUACUGCUUGUUUUCAGUGUGUUUAGGACAGUGUGGGGAUAAUAAGUCUGCUGCAAACUAAUGAAAAGGUCAAGAAGUCUGGUACUCUGUACAGCGAAGCUGCUGGUGAGGAUCUGUGCUCGAGCACUCGGUCUGCAGUUCUUAUGCAAGCUGCGUUGCAGGUUCAACACAAACAAAUGCUUUAAAUGUUUUGCACAAGAAAAGACGAAGGAAUUGAGAGGGAAAUAAGCUGAGGAAACAAGUAGGAAAAGAGUGAAGGAGAAGGUGCUGAUAAGGGGGAUUUUCGACUAACAGAGGAACAGUUUUAUUGGAAGUUUAAAAGCCACAUAGAAGCUGCUAUUGGUUCUGUUAUUCGAAAGGCUUGAGGACAGGCGAGGGUGUUGAGAUGGUUGUAGAGAGGUCUGUGGGAGCGAGGGCAACAGGUUGCUUAGUAAUUAAACAUUGUAUACAUUUAUUUGAUACUGAGAUACUCAGUUUUUCAUUAGCUUUCUGAGUUGCGUGGCUAAAAACAAUCCAGAGAGCCAAAACCAAGAAAAAAGGAGCAGAGGAGGCUGGAUCUGAACCUGAGAAACAAACUGUGAAAAUGAACCACUACAGAAUAACCAUUGUUCCAUGUUUUCUUUUGUUUCCUAAUGACUGCUGGGUAUAAACUGGAAUCACAGCUGCUGUGGCAGCAAAUAAGUUUCAACUAAAACCUCAAAAAACAGCUACAUUUAGAAAGUGGGAUGUGGGACACCUAGAGGCAAACUUUUGAACUACAGCCAAAUAACUCCAACCCAUUUACCCCUGGAAUAUGAUGGCCAUAAACUAGUGUAAAAGUAGAAUCAUUAGGCUUGUUUAUUAUAGAUUUUGUGGCGUUUAUUUAUUUUUUGAAUUAUUUAUGUAAAAAAAAUCAAAAAAGGGAAAAAGUUAGAAAUGUGUGUCUAAGCAAUGCUUCUUCAAAAUGGUUAAAUGGUUUCCAUUAAAACACUAAAUAUGCUUUUUACUAUGUUCUUUAUCUUUAAAAUUAAUUAGACGUUAAAUGACAGUUCUGCUUUUUAUGCUCCUGUGGUUCUAAUGAGUCUCUAGUCACUAAAUCACUGCAAUGUUCUGCAUGUUUUUUGGCCAUUUAUUUAUAACUAAUACUUCUCAGCCCAUUCCUUUGUUGAUCCCUCUGUUGUGGUUCCCUUUCACUGUUUUCUUUCUAGUCCACACUAAGUUAGAUUUUGGUUUUGGCCAUUUUUCCCACUGUAACACAAGUUUUUACAAAAUGAUAACGGAGCAACGCUGUGAUAUUGGUCAGAGCUGUGGAGAGAGUUAGGUGCACAAACCUGUGAUGUUCUGUUUUAGAAACGAAGGUUUCCUUUGUUAUUUUGACUAAGGCAUGUUUUAUUGUGCUCUGCGGUCCACUCUUCUAUCUGAGGUAUAAACACAAAAGGAAGCUCAACAUUUUAGAGGCUGGUGUCAGACCCUGUGACAGUUUACAGCAGCAAACACAACAGCUGCACACUUGUUCAUUAACAUUUGCAGGAAGCGCAAAUUACUCAGGUCAUUUAUUUAAAGGAAUAUCCUAUUAGAGCGAUGCUGUGAUGACUUAAUGGAAGUAACCGGGUAUUAUUAGCAGGAUGUAUAUUUAUGCAAAUUUUAUUUAAAAUGGUAUCUCAAGGUACUAAUAUUUAUCAUAUCCAGUUUUAAAGAAAUAAAAAACCCAUACCAACCAAUGCAAACAUGUAAAAUCAGAUCAUAAAACACAGUCAUUUACAUAAAGUCCAAAUAAUUUGGCCUAAUAGCUUAGAAAACGUAUCCCACUAAAAAACAAAUGAAACCUCUACUUCCAGAUGUAGACCUUGUCUGAAUAUGAGAUCUGAGAAAUGUUCAGAGAGUUCAGAGACUGAGAGCUGGAUGUUUUGAUUAAAUAUAUUCAGGCAUCAAUUAUGGACGUUUUUUUGUUUGUUUAUGACUUCCAAGCAUUUUUGAAAUUGUUGAAUUUAAAGUUCUAGUAGAACAACAAACUUUUUUUUGUUUUUGUUUUUUUGCAUUCUAAAAUUAGGCUAAAAAAAAUCAUGCUCAGCAACUGAAUCUGUUUGUCUCCUUUUAUGAGAUAUAAAACACCAAUAAAUAGUUGAACUUUGCAGCUACCUCUGUUUAUGAAGCCAUUUUAGUUUAGAGGCUGAGGUUGGUUAAAAACCUGCUAGGCUAUUCCAGCUUUUAAACAUGAAGCUCAGUCAUUUCCACCCCAAAAUUCCUGCACCCUAUUUCAGUCAGUCUGACACCAGCCACACAUCCAGUUUUUUGUUUGUUUUAUUUAAUAAAGCAGGACUGCUAUUAAUAUCCCCGCUAGUGUUUUACUUUUGCUUCCUUUGUUUUUUUUUUGUGUAUUAAAGAGACAGGGGUGGCUGGGGGUUCUAAUUUGAAUAUUUUUGCUUUAAACUGUAUAUUUGGAGCUCGACCCCUCAGCCACUCUUUAAUUUUUCUGCUAGCACCACGAUUUGUUUAGAAAAUGGUGAAGCAACACAUGUUGCUGUUCAUUAGCUGCAUAUUCUCAGUGUCAGACUGAAAAGAUGUGAGGAAAAUGAGCCAGGAGCUCAUCUCUAGGCUCCAGGUGGCGCCAGCUGACUGCAGGUGAAGGUAGGAGGCUGGCUUUAAGAGAGGAUGUAAACUAAGCAGCUCCACUUAUGUGCACAUAAAUCUGGAUCUUUGUCUGGUACCUAAAAAGCUCUAAUAAAAAUUGUUGUACUUUUUUUUUCAUCUGGUGACAUUAAUAAAUGUAUUCUGAUCAAACAAUGUAAGAGUUUGAUCGCCCCCAUCACAUAUGCUUCCAGCUAUUGGGCUUAGAUUUACCCAGAAAUUGUUAGCGGCAUGAGCGGGCCUUCUGUCGCCACCUGACUCAACAGUGAACCAGGUGCUCAUCGUUUGUUGCAGAACUCCCUCACUCAGAUCUGUGGUAGUGUUUGUAUUUUGCAGAAAAAAAUAAAAUAAAAAAUGCCCAUGUUUUGUUUCA